GUCGAAAAUGGCAGCUGACAGCGUCGAUUUCGUGUUGCGCUUCUGAAUCUGCCGGUACGCGAGUUGUACAGCUGCCAUGGCCGAGAGUAACGGUUGUAAAUUGUUGCCGACGCGAUGCUGCAGUCCUUCCAUCGACAGUCAGCGCUACGAUGACGACGAUUACCCGACGGCGUCAUCCGAGGAGCAGAAAAAAGUGGAGGACUCUGUCGACGCCUUCUUCAAGACCUCUCAAGCCGCGGUCAGGCUAGAAGAAGGAUGCCCCCGUCUUCAGAGAGAACGGCACGUCGCCUACCUCAUGAAAGGACUGAGCCACUUGCCUAAAGCCUACCAGGACCUUGAUGCCAGCCGCCCCUGGUUGUGCUACUGGAUCUUGCACAGCCUAGAGCUCCUAGAGAUCACCCUUUACUCAGAAAUGAAGACAAGCAUUGCCGACUUCUUGGGAAAGUGUCAGCAUCCUGAAGGAGGCUUUAGUGGUGGUCCCGGUCAGCAGGCCCAUCUUGCACCAACGUACGCUGCGGUCAACGCACUCAGCAUACUGGGCACUGAGGAGGCCUACAAGGUCAUUAAUAGGAAAACACUGUACAGCUUUCUGAGGCGGAUGAAGCAGCCUGACGGUUCCUUCAUCAUGCACGAAGGAGGAGAGGCUGACGUCAGGGGUGCCUACUGCGCUCUGUCCGUGGCCAAGCUGACCAACACGUUCACGCCGUCGCUAUUCGAAGGAACGGCAGAAUGGGUCAUCAAGUGCCAAACGUACGAAGGAGGCUUUGGCGGUGUACCAGGCAUGGAGGCACAUGGCGGUUACACAUUUUGCGGUUUUGCCGCUCUGGUUUUUCUCGAGAGGGAGAUGCUUUGCAACCUGAAAAAACUGCUGCGGUGGCUAGUGAACCGGCAGAUGCGCUUCGAGGGCGGCUUCCAGGGGCGGACCAACAAGCUGGUGGACGGCUGCUACAGCUUCUGGCAGGGAGGGGCCUUCCCCCUGCUGCACAAGGUGCUCUUCUCCCUGGGUAACGAGUCCCUGAGCAUGGAGGGCUGGCUGUUCGACCAGGACGCCCUCCAGGAGUACAUCCUCCUCUGCUGCCAGGACCCCUCGGGCGGCCUCAUCGACAAGCCCGGAAAGCACCGAGACUAUUACCACACCUGCUACCUGCUGAGUGGGCUGAGCGUCGCGCAACACUUUGGCGGGGGCAUCUUGAGCAGCAGUCGAGUCCUUGGAGACCCCGCGAACGAACUUAUCACUGUCCACCCACUCUACAAUGUUGGUACGGAAAAUGCCGCGGCAGCGCUCAAGUACUUCAACUCGCAGCCCUUGCCCGAGGACGGCGAAAACUCCUGAGCCCUGCCUUGAAAGCUUAAGGACCAGCUGAGUUACCUCUAUGAAUUUUCAAGAAGCUGACGCUGAACCGAAAGAGCGAACAUG